AUGGCCCGAGACUUUCAACGGCAGGCUCUUGUGAGCCUUGGCGUAGCCAUGUUGUUGAGCCUUUUGGGCAUUGAUGUCAUGGAUAUGGCAUGUGCUUUGGCCGGCGGGGCCUGGACAUAUGUCCUUUUUACUCUGCCACGUAAACAGCUGGCGCACAGCUGCGCCGCCACGGCCGUGACUAGCGACAGCUCACCCGUCCAGCUCCAGCGCUGCAUCAAUGCCACCCAACGUCUGCAGAGCACCAACGCGGGGUGUACAAUGGACCAAAGUUCGGACAGCAAAACUCUUUUUGAUUUGCAAGUCCGUGUGGCUCUUUUGGAGCAAGCCUUGGCCUCGACACCGUCCUUGGCCACGCCAACAACACCCUCUUUGCUCGGUAUAUUGCUGGCUGUGGAGUUGCCCUGGAACAAGCUCACGCGCUUGUACGCAUGGAGUCGAGCCAAUGCUGCGCAACGUCAAUCUCAUGUGUUGGCCACAACGCCCACUCCUGUCGAGCGCAAGGCUUCAAGUCUUCGCGACUCUGGCGUCCACUUGGCUGAGUGCCCGCUGGUGCCCGAGUUGGCGAGCCCAUAG